AAGGCGCCACCUGCAACAGCGGCCGCAUCUACAAGCUCUCUCUCUCAAACCUCUCUCUCCGCGGCUCAAUCUCCCCAUACCUCUCCAACUGCACCAAUCUCCAAUCCCUCGACCUCUCCUCCAAUUCCCUCUCCGGCCCAAUCCCCUCCGACCUCCAAUUCCUGGUCAACCUCGCUGUCCUAAACCUCUCCUCCAACCUCCUCUCCGCCCAAAUCCCACCCCAAAUCGCCUUAUGCGCCUACCUCAACGUCAUCGAUCUCAGCGAUAAUCUUCUCACGGGUCCGAUUCCGCCGCAACUGGGGCUUUUGGUGCGGUUAUCGGUUUUCGAUGUGUCGAAUAACCGGUUGGAGGGUCCGAUUCCUGCGGCGCUGGGGAACCGGACUGGGAAUUUGGUGAGGUUUAAUUCCAGCUCGUAUGUGGGGAAUAAGGAUCUCUAUGGAUACCCAUUGCCGCCAUUGAAGAGUAAAGGCCUUUCGAUUAUGGCGAUUGUGGGGAUCGGAUUGGGAAGUGGGUUGUUGAGCUUGGUGCUCAGUUUUAGUGCUGUGUGUAUAUGGUUGAGAGUUUCUGAGCAGAAUAUGACUGUGGAAGAAGGCAAAAUUAGUCAGCUCAUGCCUGAUUAUUGAGCUCAUCUCAAAAAUUAAUUAAUGCUUUCAACAAAAAUGAAUUUAAGGUAGGCAGGUAUAUAUGAUUGAUAAUGGGUUUUUGUUUUUUCACUUUGUUGUAAUUUUUUGUUUUUUGAGGGUAAAUUUUAUUAAUUUCUGCAA